AAACCAAAUUUAGUGGUUUCAUUAUAUACAUUUUUAAUUCAACCAAGAUCUCUUGUGAAUCAUUUUAAUUCAUCAUACAUUUUUAAUAAGAUUCCAUAAAAUACUACAACUACAAUCAACACAACAACAAAAAAAAAUUUGUUUGCCCAAAACUCUCAUUCACAGAAGAGGAAGUGCAAAGGACUGUUUAACCAAAGCUGCCACCACAACAAUCAUCAUUUUAGUUUCCAACCAAAAGUCCAAAACCCUGCACGAUUACGAAUCUUGGGUCUCUGCACCCUGCACACCGUUCAUCUUCGCCGUGAGUCUCUACAAAUGCUGUUUUGGAGAGAUGUUUCCGUUUGUGUUCAAACUUUUCUGAUCUCAUCGGUGGCUAUUAUAAUGUGUUGACCGGAGGAGAUUGGUGGUUCAAUAAUCUUGAAUUUGAUACAUGGAAAUGCCACCCUUACCUGAACUCUUUAGAUUUGGGGCUCUGUAGCUAUAUGCAACAUUUUCUAUUUCUGAGUUUGAUUCAGGUGAUAAUGUUAAUACAAAGUUCUCUUCUUAGUUCAGUUGAAGCUGGUCUAUGUUAUGCAUUUGAUGAUGGGAAAGAUUUUCAUUGUGACUGGAUGCCUAGUGGUGAAACUUGUCAGGUUUGUCUGAAAUGCAACAAGUACCCUGUUGACCGGUGUCGAAAAGCUGAACCAAUGGAAGGGGAUAGAAGGAAUGCCGAAGAUCCUUACAACUCAAACUGUCUAAGAAGCUGUGGUCAACCAUCAACUGCAAGUAUAAUGACUGAAAAUACCGCACCUAAUAUAGUAUACAGGAGAAAAGCUAAACCAAUGGAAGGGGAUAGAAGGAAUGCUGAUGAUCUUUACAACUCAAACUGUCUAAGAAGCUGUGGUCAACCAUCAACUGCAAGUAUAACGACUGAAAACACCGCACCUAAUAUAGUAUACAAGAGAAAAAAGCUACGCAAGGGAUCAAUUGCUCCUCAUUUCAAGCCAGGGCCAACCGAUGUGCAGACAAGUGCCAAUUUCCUUUCAGUCACAAGUUCCUCUUUGCAUUUAUCAUCAGCUGAGGAUCAAACAGCUGCUUUUCCAGUUAAGCAUCAGAUUGAAAUGGUCAAAGAUCCUACUCUGCCUUCUGUCUUUCUUGAUGGAGUAGCCAAAGAUACCACACAGAAAAAAUUAGGUAUUGACAGUGUAAAUGAUAGUUGCUCAUCUUCAAAGUCAAAUAUGGUACUUGUUUCAGAUUCCAUAGAAACUGAGAUGGAUGUCACUGGCGAAUGCUCCUCCUCCAGUGUCAUAGCAAUGGAUGUCGCAAGAGAAGAUUUAACAGAGAAGGAUUUCUGCAUUAAUAUUUUAAGAAGCCAUGGACUUUUUAGAGGAGAUAAUGUUACAGAUAAUGUGGUUUCUGUUGAAGGCGCUGUUACCAGAGAUAGUAAUUUCUGUUCCAGGUCAUGCAAAAUAUGUGGUCAUUCGGACAGUUCAUUGAAAAUGAUUUUAUGUGAUAAUUGUGAAGAUUCAUAUCAUCCAUCUUGCUACAGUUCACGCUUGAAAAGAAUACCAAUAGAUGAGUGGUUUUGUCAUUCAUGUCUUAAUAAAAGGCAUCAAAUUCUUAAGAAAAUUAUCAAAUCACCAGGUAUCAACAGUGAAAUGACGAAAUGUAGAACUAUCUCAGGUAAGGAUGAAAUGAAUCCCAUACUGUUGAUGUUGAGAGAUACUGAGCCAUAUACAACUGAUGUGCGAGUUGGUAAAGGUUUUCAAGCAACAGUACUUGACUGGUCAGGCCCUGUAAAAAGUGAUGAAGAUGACUUUCCUGAACCAUUGGAAAUUACUUCUUCAGAGUUUUAUAGACCGCAGGAAGAGAAUAUAAGAAAUCCAACUAGACUCGGUUCUAUUGGCAAUUGGCUUCAAUGUCGGGAGGUUAUAGAUAAAACUAGUAGAACAAUAUGCGGGAAAUGGCGCAGGGCUCCACUAUUUGAAGUUCAAAUCGAUGACUGGGAAUGCUUCUGUGCUAUUAAUUGGGAUCCAUUGCAUGCUGAUUGUGCUGUACCUCAGGAGGUGGAGACAGAUGAAGUUUUGAAGCAACUGAAGUAUAUAGAAAUGUUGAGGCCGCGACUUGCUGCUAAACAAAGAAAAUCAGACUGCACAAAGAAUGGUGAUUGAAGAAUCCAUAGCGACAAAAAAUUCAAUUCUUAUGGUAACACCAGGCGCAUGUGUUGCCGGAAUGCCGGCAAACAUGAUUGUUAGAUAAAAAAAUCUCGGUUACUGCUUCGUUAGACUUGGUAUAGUAUCUGCCAUUUGCUCACCAAAGAUCCUGCUGCAAUCAUGGUUACUGAAUUGGUAGUUUCAAAGAAUUUCCAGAUUUAUGCAUGUCUUGCAGUCACGAGAUUCUACAUUUCAGCAUGCAGCAUAGUUUUUCAUAAAAUUGAGCCUUUUUUGAUUGUGAUGUGUUGAACUUAUCAAAUGAUUUGUGAAGCUAUUUCAUUUUUUAGAAUGUGGGAACAUGUAACAAUUUCUACUAACAAUGUUAAUUUAAUAUGAUAACAAUAUUAGAUAUUAUAAUAAUUCUCAACAUUCAUGACAAAUGAAUUGCAAU